UCCUGAAGAAAUUGGAGAACUUCUGCAACUCUCUCGUCUCAUUCUCUGUUUUGGGUUCUGUUUUCCCUGUAGCUGGAGAGAGAGAGAGAGACAUACAUAGAGAGACACUAAUAUACGUGUUUGGAGAGAGAAAUAUACAGAGAGCCAAGGCAUGGGUUGUUUUCCUUGCUCUGGAGAUCCAUCAAUCAAAAAACCAGAAAAGAAGAGGAACGACAACAACAAUAACAACAACACGAAUCACAAUAAAAGAGAUGAUCAAAUACAACCCACCACAGAUACACUGAAAGUCAGCCCACAUAAAGGUGUGAAGGACUCAAAGAAUGUUAAUCAAUCUUUGGCUGCCAAAGAGGUUGAUGUGAAUAAGAAGUCCUCCACGGAUGGAGAACCUGAAGGCGUCAAUGCGCGGAAAUUUAAAUUUGCCGAAUUGGUGACUGCAACUGAGAAUUUCAAGUCAGAUUAUUUUUUGGGGGAGGGAGGAUUCGGGAAAGUUUAUAAAGGAAAAUUGGAGGAUACUGGUCAGAUUGUGGCUAUCAAGCAACUUGACCAGAAUGGAUGCCAAGGAAUUAGGGAAUUCGUUGUUGAAGUGGUAACAUUAAGUAUGGCUGACCACGAUAAUCUUGUUAAAUUAAUUGGUUAUUGUGCUGAUGGAGAUCAGCGGCUGUUGGUAUAUGAAUACAUGCGAUUGGGUUCUUUGGAAGACCAUCUGCAUGACCUUCGACCUAGUACGAAGAGACUUGACUGGAAUACCAGAAUGAAGAUAGCAGCUGGUGCUGCACAGGGCUUAGAGUAUUUGCAUGACAAGAUGAAACCCCCUGUAAUAUAUCGCGAUUUGAAAUGCUCUAACAUUUUACUGGGGGAGGGGUAUCAUCCUAAGCUAUCUGAUUUUGGCUUGGCCAAAGUGGGUCCAUCUGGGGAACAGACCCAUGUUUCCACCAGGGUGAUGGGCACUUAUGGGUAUUGUGCACCCGACUAUGCAAUGACUGGCCAGUUGACAUUCAAAUCAGAUAUCUACAGCUUUGGGGUUGUUCUUCUGGAGAUCAUCACUGGUAGGAAAGCAAUUGAUAAUAUGAGAUCCGCUGCUGAGCAAAAUCUGGUUGCAUGGGGGAAUGGGGUUGUAUUCAGGCAAGAAAUAGCAGUUUUAGUGAUCUUGAACCACUUGAGGGAGAGGGACCACCAGUUUUCAGUGGGAAAACCAGCAGGUUAUUAUCAUAAACUCUACUUGCGUCUGAUAAAGUAUUAGGAUUUUUUUAUGUCAAAUACAACUUUUUGACUUUCAAAGCUUCAACUCUGUAAUAUUAACAAGUUUAGUCAGCUUAAAAUCAUUGUUGUUUGUAAAAUGAUUGUCUGUUAGGUGAUUGUUCUUUUGUUUUUGUUAUUGUUAUGUCACUAUUACCUUAUAAGAAAUGAUUAGAAUAUAUUGGUUUUUACAAAACAAAUAUGUUUGAAACUUGAUGAUGGGGAACCUUUAUAAUGGAAAUUGCUCUACUUGAUGAAUUACUAAUUGAGAUCUCUGCAGAGUAGAAAAAGAAAUAACACAUGCCUAGUGUGGCGUGCUCUAUGGGCUUAUAUAUGCAUAUCCCUUGUUUGCAGGCACGACCAUUGUUCAAAGACCGAAGGAAAUUCCACCAGAUGGCUGACCCAGUGCUUGAAGGUCAAUAUCCUGUGAGAGGCUUGUACCAAGCUCUUGCAAUUGCUGCAAUGUGUGUCCAGGAGCAACCUAACAUGCGGCCCCUUGUAGGUGAUGUUGUUACGGCUUUAAAUUACCUCGCCACCCAAAGCUACGAUCCCCAAACCGAUCCUGUCCAGAGUUCCCGAAGGGGCCCAUCUUCUCAUAGACCUAAAAGGGGUGAUGAGUAGAAAUCCAUGGCUGGUGAUGGGCAGGAAAAAUCCAAGUUGGAGGACUAAAAUAAGUUGUCAGCACUCUCUGCUAUGCCCAUAAACAUUGUGCCUGCUUAUCAGAUUUUGUGUCACACAUGGUAACAGGUGCUCCAUCAACCCAUUCUCUCAACGUUCAAUAUAGUACAGGAAAAUUCUGCCUUUUUGUUCCCCAUCUUUCGGUGUAAAUGUGAGCUGUGGUCCAUAAUGUUAGAUGCUUCUGCAUAGGAACAAAUAUCCCCUUAUAUUAGUUUAGUCCUCAAUAAAUACACAUUCUCUUUUGCAUGAUCUUUCACUUUGGCUUAAUUUCAACCAUAGGGAUGGUCCCGAUGAACUUGCCUUCUAAGAAAUAAUUGCUUGUGAUAUUGAUUAAGCAUGAUUGUGGGAGGCUUUGACUCAGUGAUAUAUGGAGGAUCACAGAGCCCCUUAUAUGACCUGUGAUAAGUUGGGGCUUGAGCCCUUGCAGGUGGCACUUUCUCACCUGUCACCAACGAAACUCCAUAUUGGUGAUACAAGGAGAGUACUGAAAGAAUACUUUGGGUUGGAAGCCUGCUAUAGGUAUAUGAGUUGGUGCAGGGGGUUAGACAGAAGUUCCUGUAUACAACUUUCCGGAAGUUCCUGUAUACUAGCAACUAUUGCAGCUUUGUGUUUGCUUGCUUUCAAUAUGUCAGGGGUGAUUGUUUUUCGACUUUGGUUCCUCUGUAAAAUCAGCCAACUAUGUUGGUGCUGAAAGCUUUUUUCAUCGUUUUCUCCUCCUGUUGAGCAGGUGUGUUUGACCAGGUGAUUUUUUCUUGGGAUGCAGAUGAAUCGAGUAGAGAGCUAAGCAGUGAUCAAUCCAUGUUUGUUUUGAUGUUUUAUAGGUUUCCAUUGAAACUCGAGCGUAGUUUUUCUCUCUUUCCUAUCAAUCGUAAGCAAGUCUUCAAUCAAGUUAAUCGUGGGUGAGCUUGAGCAUAUGAUUUUUGUUUUAAUGGUUUGAAGAUGAUCACCCGCUUGUGGAGCAGACUUUGAGAAAGGACCUGGUAGUUUGGUUAAGCAUUGCUACAAAAAUAUGUAAAAUAGGUUAAUACGAAAGUGGAGUGACAUUGGCUAAAUACGAGAUUUCUCCAUCAGACUCGACCUCUGAUUGAAAAUGCAACUCGGACCCUGUUGUUUCGUAGAGAAAGACCAGAACAACUCCCACAUUCUAACUUCAGCAUCAGGACAGUAGUGAGGUUGAUUACAAAAACAAGUUGUGAUAAAAAGGUUCAAUGUUACAUCUUCUUGUGUCACACUAUAACAGUCAC